CCUUAGUGGCCACUGGGCCUGCGUAUUGCCACAGAGUGUCGUGCGGAAGCGCACGCCGCACGGUGCUGCGGGUAACCGGCUUUACCUUUCGGCUCUCAACUGCAUCCGUAAUAACAGUUCCACUACGGCCGCUCCUCCUUGCUGAUCUAUUUCUUUUCCUUUCUUUCUCUCACACGCCCCUGCAGCAGGCCUCAAAAGUGAUGCGAAGCUCGCACCAAAUUCAAGCGCUCACCGGUUUACAUGAGCAGCUGCAGUGACGCAACACGAAAGGGCAGACUUCCCGAGAACGACGCUUGCUUGGGGCCUGAUGCCUGUGAACAGAUGUUACCUUGAGGAGGAUAGGAAAGGGGAAAAGAACUGGAAGAAGCUGGCAGGUUGCUGCCCCUGGUCCACAAAUGAAUGACGGUGGAGCGCUUUAGCCAGCUUCUGUUCCAUUCCAUGUUCUGCUCGUGGAGUUCCUGGAGUAGCAGGACCAGCAAUUACCUGACACAAAAGCCUGAUGUUUACUCACCAGUGUGUCUCAUGGAAUUUAAGGGGACUUAAUGCCUGGUAACUAAAGCAUAUUCUAGUAUGGAUGCUGUUGCCAGCCACAGCUGUCAUCUCCUUCAGCAGCUCCAUGAGCAGCGCAUUCAAGGCCUUCUCUGUGAUUGCAUGUUGGUGGUCAAAGGGGUUUGUUUUAAAGCACAUAAAAAUGUGUUAGCUGCCUUCAGCCAAUAUUUCAGGACCCUCUUUCAGAAUUCUUCAGGUCAGAAGAAUGAUGUAUUUCAUUUGGAUAUUAAAAAUGUAAGUGGCAUAGGCCAGAUUUUGGACUAUAUGUACACGUCUCAUCUCGAUCUCAAUCAGGACAACAUACAAACCCUGUUGGCUAUUGCACAGUGUCUUCAAGUGCAGAAUGUCUUGAACAUGUGUCGCUCAUUUUUAAAAUCCUCCACAGCUGUCGAGCAGCCAGCCAGUAUGCCUUGUAACAAUGCUUUCUCAUUGCAAAAUACUUUGGCUACAGAUGCUAACUGUGAGAGUUAUGGUACUAAUUUACUGCACACAUGUUCCUCAGCUGUACAGCCUUGUAAAAUGUUGGAUGACCAUCAUUUACAUGGGCCACGGCCUGUUGCACUUCAGCUCUCAUCUGGUGAUGUAAACAAACACAAACAGGAUUCCCUUGCUGCUAGUUGCACUGAUCUCCCAUUUAAACAGCCAAAUUGUUACUACAAAUUGCGUAACUUUUACAGCAAACAGUCCUAUAAGCAAACAGCUUGUCCUAGCGACAAGGAAUCACCAGAGACAUCCUUUGCUUUCAGUACCUCAACAGAACAAAAUGCAGUUGAGAAUGCUUCGUGCACCACCAGUCACUCUGAAUGUAUUUUGGAAUCACCCGAUCACUUACCACCGAACUUUCUAGUUCAGCCCUUAAGUGAAUGUCCUGAGUAUCAGGAGUCAGAAGACACAGCUUUACAACCAGCCAAACAGAUGAGGCUUAAAAAGGCAGUACACCUAAAAAAACUCAAUUUCCUAAGGUCUCAAAAGUCUUCUGAACAAUCUUCUGUACAUAAAACUGCUGAUGGGGAUGUUGCAAGGGAAACUGAGUUGGACAGAGGAAGCAGCAUGAAGAGGACAGAUAUAGGUGCUGUUGAAGGGAAAGAAGUUGAUGAUUUCGUCCAUUCAGAGUGCUUGGAGCAAAAUGUUGACCUUGAGCCAUCUCAGGAACCUUCUGAGCCAGAUAGCCAGUCACAGAUUUUCCUUGCGGAUAGGCAAUACCCUUGUGCAUUAUGCGGAAAAGCUUUUAAACAUCCAAGCAAUUUGGAGCUCCACAUAAGGUCUCAUACAGGCGAGAAGCCAUUUGAAUGUAACGUUUGUGGGAAAUGUUUCUCACAGGCAGGCAAUCUUCAGACUCAUUUACGUCGACAUUCUGGUGAAAAACCUUACAUAUGUGAAAUCUGCGGGAAAAGGUUUGCUGCAUCUGGAGAUGUCCAGCGCCAUAUUAUUAUUCACACUGGAGAAAAACCUCAUCUGUGUGAUAUUUGUGGCCGAGGAUUUAGUAACUUCAGUAAUUUAAAGGAACACAAGAAGAACCAUACAGUAGAAAAAGUGUUCACCUGUGAUGAGUGUGGAAAGUCAUUUAACUUACCUCGGAAAUUAGUAAAGCACAGGAUCAGACACACAGGAGAGAGACCAUACAGUUGCUCAGCUUGUGAAAAAUGCUUUGCAGGGUCUGGUGACUUACGAAGACACAUUCGGACUCAUACUGGGGAAAAGCCAUAUACCUGUGAGACCUGUAAUAAAUGCUUCAGCCGUUCUGCUGUUUUACGCCGACACAAAAAAAUCCAUUGUAAAGCUGAUAUUGAAGGUACAAAUACUCUAGAUGAGUUUACCCAGGCAGUGGAAAUCCCUGACCUUGAAAAAUCCCAGGGUUCAGAUUCAUUUGCCCAAGAAAUAUCAGUAACUUUAUUACCGGUGUCUGUGAAGUUUCCCAUCCACUCAACUGGAAACCCAAGCAGUGAAUUUGACGGUCCUGGGGCAACAUUUCGCAAGGUGCAGCCGACAGUGCAACAGAAUGAUGGUACAAAUCAAAAGAAAUUGAGUUUGGAUCCUGUUAAACUCUGCAAAUCUCAGCAAAGACCUAAUCGACCACGCCCUUAUAGAGAAGCAGAGACAUCACUUGCAGAAGAGCCUCUGCAGUCUGAUGGGAUUCCCAUGAUUCGCUCCUCCGCAACCACACUGGGCAGCAAUUGUAGUGGCGAACUGAGCAGUCGCGGAUCUUCUGCUGAAUACAGAAAUAAUGAAGGGCCAUUCUUCUCCAGUGUGACCCUCUGGGGAUUAGCUAUGAAGACUUUACAGAAUGAGAGUGAGUUGGGCCAGUGAGAAGUACUGUUUUGUUAGCUUUUAGGAAGGUUGUACUUGACAGAGAUGUUUCAAUAAGGAUAAUAGUAAUAAAUAAUGAACAUCUAUAUUGCAUUUCAAAGUAUUCAAAGUGCUUCACAUAGCUUGCAGUCCUUACAAUUAUUUGCUAAGGUAGAUCAAUAUUAUUUCCAUAUUCCAGAUGGGUGACCAGCUGAGAGAGAGGGCCUGUCUAGUGAGUUCAUGGCAGAGGUGAGAUUCCAAAUGGGGACUUCCUGAUCUAGGUCAAGCUGCAGAUGUUGGGCAACGGUGCAGGAGACAUGCAGAUCUAAUCCAUGGGGCAAAAUCCACCGAGAACACAAUAGUGCUUGUGUGCAACUCCUGUUCAUUUCAAUGAGGCUUUGCACAGAAGAACUUCCUGUUGGAUUGUGCCCUUUGUGUGUGGAAAGUGCCAUUUGGAUUUUUUGCUUCAGAUUCCAAAAUAUCUUGGAAUUGCCUAGGUAAUGCCAGAUUGCCCAAGAGCUCAGUUACAGAUUACAUUCAUCAGGGCAAAUGUAGCUGCAUGUGCCGGGCGCUGACUGCUUAAACCCGGCAGGCGCAGCAAGCUGCAGGGAAUUGUAGAACUGUGCUCGCGGGCGUGUGCUCCUUCUGCACAUCUCUCCUUUAUCAAUAUAUUCUUCCUGUUCCUCUGCCUCUUAAUCCCUAGGGACAAUUAGCUGCUAAUGGAGAAAGCAGCAGAGGUUGAUAAAGAAAGCUGGUCAGAUUUCUCUGCCUAUUUCUGGAGGAGCCUUCAGAAUUCUCAGCAGCCAGAGUCUGGCUUACAUGUGACUAUUUGUUACAUGAUGAAUGUAACAUGUAGCCAGGCUCCAGUUCUCAAAAAGUGUUAAUAUCUGUAAUCUAACUAGCAAUUCUCUCCUCUCAUAGAGUUUUUUUGUGCUCUUCCCAUGUAGGCAAGUUUCAGUCAACAUUGAGUUAGGACCCAUCUGCUUAGACCAGAGGAUAGGAUGAAAUAUCUUUUCUAGGAGCAGGGAUCUUCUCUUAGAAUCCUUGUCGUCUUCCUGUCUUGUUUCUGAGAUGCAUGAUUUGCUGUUGAGCUCUACAGACCAACAGCAGCAGCAGAAGAAGAAAAGAAAGAGUUAAGACAAAACAGUAGAGAGUACACUCCAAGCAGAAUACAUUUCUGAGGAAUGUUUUCUGUUGUCAUCAGCCCUCUGAAGAAGAUGGGCAACACCAGAACAAUCUUGGAUCUCAAGAGGCUCAACAGGUUUCUGUCUGCUGCCGCCUGUAUGCCCUGCUAGCCCACUCACUCACCUUCAAUCAGAGUCUUAGGAUGUGAAAACUGCAGUCCAGAAUCCAUUUUCAAAAAAGUGCUCUGAAACCCACCCUGCAUCUGGGAGUUCCAUAGAUAUUCUGGCAGACAGAGUUCAUCCUCUUGAAGGUUAUCACAUCCCUAGUAUAGACCAGUCAUGGGGAACAGGUCCUCAUGCUUUCAUUCUUUUGCCAGUCUGCUCCAGCAUGGGGUACUUUCUUUGAGCAUGGUAACACUCUAGGCUUCUGCGGAUCUCAUUGCUUUUGUUGUAACACCAGAUAGCCAUGAGAUUAAAUCCCUCAAUCUAGGCUUCCCUAAAGGCUUCUCCAGUCUCUAAUGUUGUGGACUUGUCUGGGGACCAAUACUCAAAGCUCUCUUAUCAUGGGACCAUACAAAGUUGUGCUCACAACAGAUAUUUUUGUUUAUGUAAUAGUUUUUAACCAAUACAAUUAUCUCAAAGUGGUUUACAUAGCAAAAUGAGCUGCACUUCACAACCCUGAGGACACACAGCAGCCUUGGCUGUUCUGACUGACUAGAAUGCAAAGAUAAUCACUGAUCUCCACCCUCCUACCUUUAUGUAAGUCUUCCAUUUUGAGUUUAUAACACGACAAGGAAGGCUUUGUUUUGUGGUGCUAAUAUUUGAGUUAUGUUGUCCUUGAAGCUACCAUUCAGGACAUUCUAUUAUUUCUGCAAGAUGGCUUGGACUCUAGCCUUAGACCUAACACUGUAAAGAAAAGUUUCAGCGUGCUUAGGCCCUUUUAACAGAGAAGGUCACACACUCUCCACUCAUCCUCUCUUUGGAGAAUCCCCCAGGGCUUUUUCAUGUUGCGUCUAUUCACUGAGUUCCUUCAUGGAUUCUGAGUGUGGUGUGCCUCACUUCUCCUUUGAGACUUUGGCAGUGAUAUCUUUAAGGGCUUUAACUCGAAAGAAUCUGUUUCUCAUAGGCAUAAUAACUACACAAAAUAUUUCAAAGUUUGACCUGCUGUGGAUUGAGAGGUUUGUAUUUUUCAGAAAUAGAGUUAUCUGGCUAGACCCCUCACUAGAGUGGCAUUCCCUACAUGUCUGCCAAGCUCUUAAAUUCUGAGUAGACCAUACUAAACCUCACAGGCAGCAUAACAGUCUGCUUCUUUCCACCACUGUUUUGGGUCCAAACAUGGCCACUGCCACACAUCCUAGAUAGCAUAAUGAAAAGAUAGCCCUAACCUCCUACUUCUCCAAUUUGUCAGUUUCUGAGAGCAUUUUGGUUCAUCGUGUUGGAGCGACAGCUCCUCUUGCAGCUUUCUGAGAGCGCUCCCCUGAAAGGAUUUGCAGAACAAUAAUACAGAACACUUUAGGAAGUAUUACAAAAUUGAUACAUUUGCAUCUGCUGAGGCCCUUUUUGGUGCAGGGCCCAAAUCUAGGAUUCCAUCCCCACCAGGGUAUUUAGGCAAGAGAAUAUUUGUGUCUCCUAGGAUGUACUGCUUUUUAACAUCCUGAUAUUGAAUUAUAGUCUAUCUAUAAGGAUGUCUAGAAAGGGAGAUGAAAUUCUUACCAACUACUACUAUGUACUAGUAGUAUUUAUAUACCACUUUUCAACAAAAUUCUCAAAGCGGUAUAUAGAAAAAAAUAAUAAAAUUGCUUCCCUAUCCGUAAAGGGCCACAAUCUAAAACACCUAGUGAAUUUCCGUUCUAGUGCAGGGCUAGAACGGGGGCUAAAUUUAGCAGGCCUAAAUUCUAGUGGAUAGGAUACUAUUCUGCCUACCCUAUGUAGCAUUGUGAAUCUUCAAGAGCUGUCUCCCUUUAUGGUUUUGUUUUUGUUUUCUUCUCUUGUUGAACUGUCCGGGUUCUGUCCCUUCCCUGCUGUUUGUAAGGAGUAUCCUGGCUGCUUUUUCCUAUUGACUUUUGCUCUCAUUUAUGACCAGUUAUUUAAACCUUUGUUGCCAAUCUGGGAUUCUAGGGAAAGGUCCCUCUCCCCAGGAAAGGUCUUUAGUUUUGCCUUUCCAGAAACCCUAGAAGAUGGAACCUAACUGAUGCUCUAUCUACUACAAAAAGUGCACCAGGUAAGAAUUUCAUUUUUCUUUUCAUAAUUGGAAGCUCUCAAAGAUUGAUAAUAUUUAGAAAAGGGCACUUCUUAUUAGGGUAGUGGAAUGGUACAGUGAGGCUAAGAGUACCUAGCAAGAAGUUAACAGUACCAGUAAGUGGCUCAGGCAACAAGAUGAUACUUAUCUGUGUAAAAUAUUUAAAACGUUAACAGUGCAAUUUGUAAAUUUGUUUAUCUAGAUGUCUAUUUUUAUAUUUAAAAAAUACACCAUUUUUAUAUUUUGCACCACUUUAUUUGUACAAUGGUGAAUUUUAGAAUAAAGAACUAAAAAAAAAUCA